CGAAGCGGCGGUGGCGGCGGGUCGCUGCUGCCUCGACGACGCGGCCCUCCUGCCCGCCCCCUCCCCGCGGGCCUCGACGUUGUGCACGAGCAGGUACUUUACUUGUGGUAGAGAGAUAUUCUGUAUUAUGGACCUGAGUAUGCCAGGUACUGAUAUGUAAGAAGACGUUAUGCUGGAUGGUAGGAAGAACUGUAGAAUUUGCAGAUAUCAACUGUGGCCUUACUAAGCACAUUGAUAGAAUCAAUGCUAGACAGACGGCACAUGUUGCUGGUGGCUGUCAUAUUACUGGAAGGUGGAGGGAGCUAUGACACAAAUUUAAUGAAAAGGUGCUAUUACUGCUGGAUUUGCAAGAUUUUUAAUCCUAUUUUCUUUGAAUUAUGAUUUAAGUAUCAAAAAUCUUAUGUUUUUAAAAAAGGGAAACAUUUUAGUUUUGGAAGUCAGAAUGCCAAGGAAAAGGAAAAAUCUUGGGGGCAAUCCUUUUCGGAAGACUGCAAACUCUCAGGAAGUUGUCGUAUCCAGUGUUGCUAGUCAUGAGGAGCCCACCACUACUUUUUCUUCCGUGUGUGACACAAAAGUUGAUCAGGAAGAACUCUUCACCAGUAUCUCAGAGAUGUUUUCUGAUUUGGAUCCUGAUGUAGUGUAUUUGAUGCUUUCUGAAUGUGAUUUCAAAGGGAACAUUAAUUGGGUGCUUACUAGGUGCCAGUCCUUGUGCACAGCACUUUUUCAUGGAUUAUCUCAUUUAAUCCCCACAACAACAUAUGAGUUGAAAAUGCCAUGGAUUGUCUAUUAGAGUUAUCUGCCACUGAUGCCAAGAUAGAAGAAUCAUCUUCACAGAGUUCUUUUGCUUCCGAGAACCAGCUAAGCACACGAGGAAGUGGAGCAAUGGAGAAGUGUCUUCCUGAAGAAGAGAGUGAAGAUUCAAAAAUGGAUUCAUUUUUGGAUAUGCAGCUAACUGAAGACUUGGAUUCCUUAAUACAGAAUGCUUUUGAGAAACUGAACUCUUCUCCUGAUGACCAAGUGUACUCAUUUUUGCCUUUACAAGAUGCUAAUAAUUUUCAUGACCCUACUAAAUUUAUGAAUGCCGAUUCAACCCCUGUUCUUUCUGUUCAAAAUAGAGGUUCAAAGAUUGAAAAUUUCAAGAAUCCUGUCUCUGCAUUAAGUUCAAGCCCACUAACUUCACAUUCAGUUUUGAAUGAGUCUGAAAGUUUUACAAAGGAUAACACAUUGUCAUUAGCAGAUAACUACCCAGGAGAUUCUCUCCUUAGUAGUUCUUUCAAUCCAGCAAAUGAGUCUCCUUCGGGUUGCAGCAAUUACAGUCACAAACAGAAUGAUCAUUUGGAGUCUGAGUCUGUUGAUGACUCUAAGCUCUCUCAAGCCCCUGGAGAUUCGGGUAUAAGUGAACCUCAAGUUUCUUCAAACCUUCCUCUGCAAAAUCCAGGGCUUGAUUUAGCAGGUUUAGAUGGGGAUCAGAAGUCUACAUCUGUCCCUGAUGUUUUUGUACCUUCUGAAGGGUUCAAUUUCAAGCCACACAAAUACCCUGAAAUGCCACCAAAGGGGAAAGAUGUGAAUUACUGCCCAGUACUUACCCCUCUGCCUUUACUGCUUCCUCCUCCUCCACCUCCACCAAUGUGGAAUCCAAUGAUUCCUGCUUUUGACCUCUUUCAAGGAAACCAUGGCUUUGUAGCUCCUGUUGUAACUACCGCUGCACACUGGAGACCUGUCAACUACACAUUUCCACCUUCUGUCAUUUCUCACACUUCCCCAACAAAAGUCUGGAGAAAUAAAGAGGCAACAAGUGCUUACCAAGUGCAAGAGACUCCAGUUUCCCAGGCUGCGAGAAAGAAGACCUCUUAUGUUGGACUAGUUCUUGUUCUUCUCAGAGGGCUUCCAGGAUCAGGAAAAUCUUUUUUGGCAAGGACCUUGCAAGAAGAUAAUCCGAGUGGCAUUAUUCUUUGUACUGAUGAUUAUUUUUAUAUUAAUGGACAGUACCAGUUUGAUACAAAAUACUUAGGAGAAGCCCAUGAAUGGAACCAAAAUCGUGCAAAAGAAGCAUUUGAGAAGAAGGUAUCUCCAAUAAUCAUAGAUAAUACAAAUCUACAGGCAUGGGAAAUGAAGCCAUAUGUUGCUUUGUCUCAAAAGCAUAAAUACAAGGUUCUUUUCCGGGAGCCAGACACGUGGUGGAAGUUCAAGCCAAAGGAACUUGCAAGGCGCAACAUUCAUGGGAUAAGCAAAGAGAAAAUAACAAGAAUGAUGGAACACUAUCAGCGUUUUGUUUCAGUGCCAAUAAUCAUGAGUUCUUCGGUUCCAGAGAGACUUGAACGUAUUGAAUUGUGUGCAUAUUCUUGUGAGGAUAGAAGUCUGAGCCCAAGAGCCAAUGACAAUAUUACUUCUGAAAAGGAAGAAACUGCUUUGUCUUCGUCUUUGAAGCACCUGGAGUUACUUGAAGAGAAGAAUCUUGAUGUAGCCAAAGAAACUGUGUUACUGGAAAAUGUUACCUAUUUCCCUCGUGUAGAUUUAAACAAAGGAAGAAAAGAGAUUAGUGAAAUAAAUCUCAACAAUCCAAGUGCUUUCAUUCAGGAAGCUCCACAAGUCCAUCGUUCGGGUUCUGAAAGCCAAGUUCAAGCCGCAGACAAGCGUGAAAAAGAGCGCGUAGAGCGCAGGGAGGCUGAAGCGCGUAGUCCUGUAGAGGGGCCGUCACCGAGCAUUUGCUGUGGUGACAGCAGUCAAGAAGACGGUCAUCUCACCGAUGCGGAGCCAGUGCAGAAUGAGAAUUCUUCAUCUGGUGAGACACUAGUAGAAAGGACAGCAGUAAAGAAAAAAGCCUUUGGAAAACAAAAAAGCAAAUCACCUUUGGAAAAGUUGCCCCGGCAGGAAUCAUCAAAUUUUGUUGGUGACUGGCCGGUUGAUAAAACUAUUGGCCAGAGGGCAAAAAGGAACCGAAAAACUGAAAAAGCUUCAUCUAUACAAAAUGACAAAAAGUGUAAUUGCUCUCAGUCACACAGAGUUUUAGAUCCUAGGGUAUCUGUGAAUCCAGGUUCUCCACAUGAAAGUGAUGAUCCAUCAGAAAUUCCCACCAACUAUCAAUAUGAUCCUUACACAAAUCCUGAAGCAAACUGUUUCAGUGUGGUGGGUGACUGGCCUGCAUCUGCUGCUUUAGGUCAGAGAGAGCACAGGUCAAGAGUGCCAAAAACUGGCUUACAUGAACCCAGCCUAGAAUUUGGAACUAAUGACAGUAUGAAUGAGAUAACUUUAUAUACAGCACAUGAGGACUGUUGGGGCACAAGCCCUGAAGAACUAAAAACACUGGGUAAUUCUACUCUACGGUGUUCUGAAAUGCUGCCUGGUGAAAUGACCCGUGAGAAUCAGCUUUGUGUGAGUAAAAAGAUUCCUGACCAGCACACAUUGCCACUUACUUUUAUCAGCAGUGCAGCAACUAUUCCUGGAGUAGUAGGACCGCAGAUGUUAGCACCAUUUCCAGGAGUACCUAACUGUGUCCCUGGAGUAGAAAUCGCCAUAUGUACCCAAACUGAACCACAGGAUUUUGCACUUUUAUGGAAGAUAGAAAAGAAUAAAAUCAAUGUUUCUGAUUCUGUCAGGGUAUUGACAGGAAGAUUAGAUGGAUUUAAGCCAAAAGCUUUCAAUAUUAACACAAAACCAAAUGUUCAAGAAACAAUUCCAUAUAGGGUAAUGCAUGACAAAAGUACAUAUGUUGAAGAAAGUGAGCUGAACAGUGCUGAUGAAUCUGAAAAUCUUAACAUUCUUUGUAAACUUUUUGGGUCAUUUUCAUUAGAAGCUCUGAAAGAUUUAUAUGAGAGAUGUGAUAAAGAUAUUAUCUGGGCCACAAGCCUUCUGUUGGAUUCUGAAACUAAAUUAUGUGAGGAUACUGAAUCUGAGAAUUUACAAAAAUCAUACAAUGAAUCACAAAUCGGGCCAUUUUCUAUGGGGUUGAACUUGAAGGAAAUUAUUAGUCCAAGAGGACCCUCAGAGGGUUCUAAUUCUGUGGCAGAGUUUAGCCCUGGGACUGGAAUCAGUAAUGCUAAUGCACAGUCUGCCUGUGAUGCAGAAAUGGGAAACUUAGAGCAGGCAGAUAUAGGAGCUCCAAAUCCUAAAAUCUCUGAAUCAAUAACAAGUCUAUUUCCUAAUGCUGCUGUAGAUAUAAAGAGUAAUAAUGAAAUAGUUUCUAACGGUCAAGCUAAACUUUCAGGUGCAUAUAGCUUUCAGCAGUCUCUUCUGUCUCUUUCAAAACCUGUUACUACAAAAGAUGCCAGCGAAAUGGAAGAUAAUCUACUAGCCAUAGAUACUGGGGACAGUAUGCAUUCUCCUUUAAAUUUAUCUGAUAGUGUGAACUCUGCAACAACCACUUCGAAUCUUGGAUUAAAUGAAGACAUUUACCUUACUGACUCUUUGGAAGUAAAGAAAAAUGAAAAUUUUCCUAAGGAUUAUGUGACAUUUGCAAAUACAGAAGAGUUUACUGAAGAUAAUCAGGAAAUGGAGAAAAUUCUGAUGGCAGGAAAUAGUUUGUCAGCUGGAGUUAGUGAAGAGGAUAAGACAGAGGAAUUGAACCCCACACCAAUGAUGGCCAAGUCUUUGACCAUAGACUGUCUAGAACUGGCAUUGCCCCCUGAGCUGGCUUUUCAACUCAGUGAGUUAUUUGGCCCAGUUGGCAUUGACUCAGGGUCUCUAACAGUUGAGGAUUGUGUGGUUCAUAUAGAUCUGAAUCUGGCUAAAGUGAUUCAUGAGAAAUGGAAAGAAUCUGUAAUGGAGCGACAAAGACAGGAGGAGGUAGCUUGUGGCAAAUGUAUGCAAGACCCUUCUGUGACUGGACGUACUGCUAUUGAUAACCCUGAGCAGAAAUCAUCUCAGAAAACAGGCAAAAAGUUAUUGAAGACUUUAGCAGCACCUGAAAUGCUAGAUCACUGGAAUAUUCAAACUAAAAAAGUAUCACUCCGAGAAAUAAUGUCAGAAGAAAUUGCCUUACAGGAAAAACAUGAUUUGAAAAGGGAGACACUCAUGUUUGAAAAAGAUUGUGCUACUAAACUAAAGGAGAAGCAGCUUUUUAAAAUAUUUCCAGCUAUUAAUCAAAAUUUCCUAGUGGACAUUUUCAAAGACCACAACUAUUCAUUAGAACAAACAGUACAGUUUCUAAACUGUGUUCUUGAAGGCGACCCUGUGAAAACAGUUGUAGCUCAAGAGUAUGUUCAUCAAAAUGAGAAUAUCACUUCUCAUGCAACACAGAAAUCUAAAGAGAAAAAGGUAAAGAAACUGAAGGAGACUGAAGAUACUCCAAGUGAGCCUUCUUUCCAGGACUUUGAGUACCCUGAGUAUGAUGACUACAGGGCAGAAGCUUUCUUGCACCAGCAGAAGAGGAUGGAGUGCUACAGCAAGGCCAAGGAAGCUUACCGGAUGGGGAAAAAAAAUGUGGCCACCUUUUAUGCACAGCAGGGCAGUCUUCACGAGCAGAAGCUGAAAGAAGCCAACCACCUCGCCGCUGUGGAGAUCUUUGAGAAAGUCAAUUCAUCCCUGCUGCCACAGAAUGUCUUAGACCUCCACGGGCUGCACGUGGACGAAGCUAUAGAACAUCUGAUGACAGUUCUACAGCAGAAAACUGAAGAAUUUAAGCAGAAUGGUGGUAAGCCCUAUCUUUCUGUGAUUACGGGGAGAGGAAACCACAGCCAGGGAGGAGUUGCUCGCAUCAAACCAGCUGUCAUUAAAUACCUCACAAGCCAUAGCUUCAGGUUCUCUGAAAUUAAACCAGGGUGCUUGAAAGUCAUGUUAAAAUAAAAAGUCCUUGACUUAAAAGUGUGAAGGUUUGUAGGUUAAAAUUGGUCUUAUUUAUAGUAAUUGAGUCAAUUCUGCUCUUAAUAUGUGUUUUAUUAGGAAUAAUAUGUGAUUAUAAAACAGAAAAAAUGUUUUUUGAAAAUUCAAGAGAAGUUUUUUACUGGGUCAAAUGUCAAAUGUUACCUGUUAAAUCAGUAAAGAAAUUUUUUUUCACCAGUUAUAAAGAUAUCUAAGAAAGCUAUCAGCUGUAGUUUUAAAAUUUGAAGUGUUGAGAUGAAAGGCUACUUUUGGAUUAAUUGUUGUUUGACAUUAAGUAAAACCCUGAAGGCAUUUGUGAGAGGCAUUGUGCUUGGAUACCUGGUUUGAUUUUCAAAGGCUGUUAGAAGGGGUAACAGCAAAGGAAGAUGAACCAACAAACCCUUGAUGAUUUUUUGUUUUCCAAGCCAAACAUAUCUUUUCAUUUUGUCGUAUCUUAUAGAUAGACACUGUGCUGUAUUUUCUUCUGCUGUGUAUGUGAUCUUCAUCUCUUCCUCUCUGUUCUGUUUUUCUCUGCAUGUGUAUUUUCUGGGAGGAAAUUGGUUCUGAGACUAUUGAGCAGUUAUAUACCUUCCCUAGGUAGAAAAGCUUUUCAGAGAAGGAGAAAUGGCUACUUACCUUAUGUUUCUGCCUUCUAGAAAUCCGUCUAAAACUGUCUGUAAGUGGCAUUUCAAACAGUACUAACUGGCUAUAUUUUUAAAUUUGAGAUGUCAUUUCUAAACUAUAGUAAGUCAAAAUCCUAUUGGCUUAAAUCAGAAAACAUUUUAAAAUAAUUGUAGAAGUAAUCCUUGUAAUGGAAAGACUUUUAUUUUGAAAAAGAGCCAGCUUUCUGAAAGAAAUGUUUUCUUCUGUUUAGUGAGCUAGUAAGUCUCAUUCUUAUGCAAAUGAUAAUGUCCUCUGCACAGGUUUAAUGUGGUGAAAUGAAGGUUUCCUAGUAUAAAUAAAUAGAUAAAUAGCUAAAAUAGAAUAAUUUUCAACAUACAUGUCAGCAAACAUUGUUGUUGCUUCUUGUUUGGUUUACAAAAUCUUGAUCAGCAAUGAUAGAAUUAAGUUGCUACUGUAAGAAUCCUAAAAUACAGAAUGGUGUACCAAAAGAACAAGCAGUUACUGAAAAUAACACUAAAAGCACAUGCCUUUACGUGUUAUGAUUGCAUGCUUGUAAAAGAAGAGCCUUAUCAUUUAAUUUUAUUUCCACAAAUUUUGAAUCUAUGUUUAUUGUUUAGAAACGUUUAGUGACUAGUAUAGACGUAUUUACGUCUGUUUGUAGCCAUUUGUUUUAAAAUGUCCGGUAGUUUAGCACACUUACCUGUAAUGCUUAGAAGUAUAUACAUCAAAAAUAAAGUAAUUCCCUUCUACAAUUUACUAUAAAAUUAUAAUUGUUAGUUAACAAAAUAAUAUUCCUAUGUAUAACUUACUGUGACUUAAAAAAUGAAAACAGUAUUAAGCCCUGGAGUUAUUGGAGUAUGUGCAGGUGUGUACUCAUUCUCUGUUUAAUGUUUUCUCACCUGUUUUUUUGUUUUGUUUUUGGUUUUUCGAGGUAGGUGGCUUCGAACUCUUGGUGAUCCUCCACCUCUGCCUCCCAAGUGCUGGGAUUAAAGGCGUGCGCCACCAUGCCCAGCCUCACCUGUUUGUGUUUUUUUAAUUCACAUUUGAUUAUAUCACGUAGGCUUACUACAAUAUUAUAAUUAUAUUUAUAAGGGAACAUUCUGUAGUUAGAAACCAAACAAAGGAAGCUGUUUCUGUGCUGUAUUAACUUUAACUCUUUGCCUUAUUUUGGUUAAUCUGGUGAUAAUUUCUUUGUUCUCCUCCCCUCCUCUUCUUCCACUUCCUCCUGUCUUCCUCUUUUUCUUCCUUUUCCUCUCUCACUCUCUCAUCCAUCCCUCUCUCCCCUCUCAUAGGGUAAUGCUAUGUAGCCCAGACUAGCCUUGAGGUUGAUAUUCGGAGCAGGCUGGCAGCAAACUUGAAUUCCUCCUGCCUCAGCCUCCUGAGUGCUGGUAUCAUAGGUGUGCUCCACCAUGCCUGGCUUAGUCUUUCUUAACUGUACAAACUUUAAACAUCCUAUAUAUUUUAUGAAGUUCUUUAUUUUCUCCUACCCUAUUUAGUAUAAUUUAACUAUAAUUAUAUAAGAAAAGUUUAUAAUCUCUCUUUUGUCCCAUUUUUAAAUCCUAGUAUGACAAAGGUAAAAAGAUAGUUUGGAGUUAUCAAGGUUUUCAUGUAUUGGUAGAUUUGUACCAAUAUGUAACUCAUCUAGAAGAACUCUUUGUAAACUUAAUGUUUUAUAAGUACAGCAUUUUUGUAAUUUGGAAUAUUCUUGUUACACUCAUAUGCAGUUAAUAGUGUCUUACUAGCAUCUACCAGAUUAAAAAAGAGAGAGAGAAUUAAUGUGAAACCCCCGGGGAGUAUGCAGCUGGGCCAGAAGCACUCAUAACAUAACAGUUUUUCAAUCUGUUUAUCUUCCUGUUCCUAUGAGAACAGUUGGAGCAUGUUUCUGACAUUUACUAGCUGUUUUCAUACAUCUCCAGAUUACUUUGAAACUGAAGUUUCUUCUUAAUCUUCCCAUGCCGCUUCUGUCUUCUAAGUACAGCGUGUGUUAUGUAGUAGAAAUGUGUGAUUCUAACGUGUCCUGUUCCAUACCAUAUUUUGAGAAGAAAUGCUCACAAUUCUUUUUGGUGAUUUCCUGUUCUUUGUUUUGGUCUCUUUCUUUUCAAAUUCAGAUGUUUUAUAUGCUCAGAUAAAGGACAUGUAUAAUGACAAAAUUAAUUAUUUCUGAGCUGGAAACUUUUGAAACUCAGGAAAUUGCUCUGACAAUGUUUUAACUGCUCUCAACUAAGAAACUGUAUAAAAAAAGAUGAAAAUCAUGUGUGCUGUGCUUUUCAAGUGCUUUUCCAUUUGCAGUGAGGUGAAGGUUGAUAGUGUUUCUGUGUAGUGUUUUAGGUGUUGCUUAUUUUUAUUUACAUGUAAAGAAACAGAUUUAAAUGUUUGUGUGGCCAAAACAGUGUCAUUUAAAAGGAGAAGAAAGUUUAUGUAGAAUGUAUGUUAAUGGUGCUUAUUUUUAAAAUGUUAUUCAAGUUUACAGUAUUACUUGAUGCCUCUUUACAGAACUGAAUAGAGAAACAAGGCUAGAACACAUCUGCAUCCAGAAGAGCCUUUUAUAUCUUCACAUUACAUGAUGACAGAGUUUAUUAUAUUUCUUAAAGUUGUGCAAUUGACUUUCAUGGUCCAAAUGAUGAACCUGGUAUUAAUAAAGGAUAGAAUUAACCAUGAGACUUCUUAUUAAGAUGCAACAUUGCAGCUGUCAGUUGGAGAAUAUAUUAUAAAGUUUUCAGACAGUAUAUCAGAAACAAUGUUUUUAUGUGUACUAUAAAAAUGUAAUUUUGCUGUUAAAUCUGUACUUUUUUAUUAAAAAUGUUUAUAACUUUGCUUUUAGAAUUUUUUAUGAAACCAUUUGCAAAUUGCAUACUUAAUUUAAUAAAAUAUUUUAGUCACA